AUGGUCAUAGGCAGUACCAUCAGAGAGGAGAAGUUAAGUGACAAUUCUAAGUCCCAAACAGAAACGAGUGGAAGCCAGUCAGAGGGGAACCAGCAUCAAUCAGAAGAAUCUCAAGGCCAAUCAUCAGAAAGUCGACACCAUUCAGAGAGUUCUCAUGGCCAGUCUGAGAGUUCUAGUAGCCAGUUGGAGAGUUUUUGUGGCCAGUCGGAGAGUUCUCGUGGCCAGUCAGAAAGAUCUCGUGGCCAGUCAGAGAGUUCUCAUGGCCAGUCGGAGAGAUCUCAUGACCAGUCUGAGAGAUUUCGAAGCCGGUCUGAGAGAUCUCAAAGCCAGUCUGAGAGUUCUAGUAGCCGGUCUGAGAGAUAUUGCGGUCAACUCGAGAGACCUCGUAAUCAACCUGAGGAAUUUCAUGGCCAAUCUGAGAGAUCUUGUGGCCAACCAGAAAGGUCUCGUGGCCAUCCAGAGAGAUUUCGUGCCCCAACAAAAAGAUCUUAUGACCCAACAAAAAGAUCUCAUGGUCAAUUAAAGAGAGCUCAUGGCCGGUCAGAGAAAUCUCAUGCCCAAACAGAAAGAUCCCAUGGCUACAAAGAAAGAUCCCAUAGCCAAUUAGAGAGAUUUCAUGGCCACUCAGAGACAUCUCAUAGCCUAUUAGACAGAUCUCAUGAUCUCGUGGCCUCACUGAGAGAUCUCAUAGACGAUUAGAGAGAUCUCAUGGCUACAGAGAAAGAUCUCAUGGCCAAUUAGAGAGAUCUCAUGGCCACAGAGAGAGACCUCAUAGCCCAUUAG